AUGGCGACCCCGAAAUCAGUCAAUCCCGAGAUUGAGAAGAAUGACUCGGCCGAGUCACUUGAGCCCGUUGUUACAGCGCCUGACACCAUAGUAGAAGGCCGAUCGACACGUAUGACGAGCGAUGAAGAGGAGAAAGUUUCUAUUUCAGCAAUCAUUGCGGUCUUCUUCCUGGGCAUGUCCUUCGUGGCCCCCGUUGCUUGCGGCUAUGUGCUUGUCAAUGGCAUCCUCAACCCCAUCGGGCAAGACUUGAAUGAUACGGAGAAUAUAGUCUGGAUUGCGGGUGGCUGGAGUGUCGCGUCUGCCAUUUCUUUCUCCAUCGCCGGAGGUUGGAGCGAUAUCUUCGGCCGUCGCUGGGUCACGCUGUCUGGCCAGGUUAUUACAUUAGUGGGUGCGAUAAUUGGAGCAACUGCUCAGAAGACUACUACCGUAGCCGCAGCAUCAACAAUUGUUGGAUUUGGAGCCGGUGUUGCUUUUGUAGCAUAUCCCGGCAUUUCGGAGCUCCUCCCUAAUAAGUAUCGCGGCAUUGGGCUCGGCUGGACCGAGUUCUGCAUCAACGUUCCGUGGGCGGCAUUCGGUGUGAUUAUUGCCAACAAGCUUGCUGAGGAAGCGACAUGGCGAUGGUGCUACUACAUCGCCAUCAUCUACUCGGCUCUCUGCACAGUCGGCAUCGCAAUCUUCUACUUCCCCCCGUCUCGACCGCGGCGAGACUACGAAAAGUCACGCUGGGACGAAUUCAGGGAGCUGGACUGGAUCGGACUGUUCCUCUUCACGGCAGGGCUGACGAUAUUACUGGUGGGGCUGACUUACCUGGGCAAGUCGUCGUACUCCAAGGCGCUGGUCGGGUCGACUAUUACGAUCGGCGCACUCGUCACCAUCGCAUGCUUCGUCUACGACUUCACGGUGCCGGCCAACCCGCUCUUCCCGCGGUCGCUCUUCGCCAUGCUGCGCAAGUUCACGAUCCACCUGCUCAUCGUCUUCGUGUCGGGCUUCAUCUGGUACGCCAUGGCGGCGCUGCUGCCGCAGGCGUCGCUGUACAUGUACACCAACGACCCGACCGAGAUCGGGAUCAUCGCCAUCCCCAACGGGCUUGGGGGCGUGGUGGGCGGGUGGCUGAUCCCGUCGCUGCUGCACCGCAUCAAGCACGUGCGCGAGCAGAUCGUGGUGGCGCUGGUGAUCCAAACGGCCUUCACGGCGUGCUACGCGGCCGUCAUCCCGGGCAACAAGGCGGCGUGGAUGGCGCUGCAGUUCUUCGGCCAGGGCUGCUUCACGUGGCUGACGACCAUCGCCUACGUCACGGCCGGCCUGUUCGUGCCGCAGGACGAGCUGGGCGUGGCCUCGGGCUUGAUCGGCACCUUCAGGAGCGCCGGCGGCUCCAUUGGGAAUGCCAUCUUCAGCACCAUCCUGCGCUCCGUCACCAACCGCGAGCUUGGCAGCAAUAUCGCGGAGGCUGCCGUUCGUGCGGGUUUCGAUCCGGCGAACAUGGCUGCGCUGGUCCCUGCUGUCAUCGAGAACGCGGUCGGCGUGCCAGGCGCGCUGCAGGCGGUGCCGGGAGGUGUCAGCGAGGCCGUGGCCGAGGCGACGAAGACGGCCUUCAGGGAGACGUAUGCGAAGGCUUUCCGCAUGGUCUUCUAUGCGAGCAUCCCGUUUGGUGUCAUUACGACCAUUUGUGCUUUCUGGGUCGAGGACCCGAGUCCGCUGCUCAAUUCGCACAUCGAGGUGCAGAUGGAGAAGGAUGUCGUUGCGGGGAAGAGGUUUAGCGUGCAUGGCGGAAAUGUGGAGCACAUUGAACGAGUGGAUGAGGAGAGGCCGGCUUGA